AUCCGUUCAAUGGUUCUGGUCCAGUAUGUGUCUUCUUCUGCCGCCGUCAACAGCCUCGGCAACGCUGAAGCUAAGAUGAGAUGAACGCUGAAUUCCUCGUUUCGAGAUAAGGCAGAAGAACCCCACGUCUGACUCUUCUUGCGUAAGCACUGAGUGUUAUGAGUAUGACAACAAAGGCUGCUGCUCCCCUGGGUUCCACCGACGGUAAACCCCAAACCACCCCAGAACCUGUCCAGCAAGUAAAUGAGGCUCAGCAAGAUGCUAGGCCAGAAACUGUUAAACAAAUUUCACCACCAUCUGUUUUUGUGAAUUCUGAACCAAUUCGGGAGGAGCAGGUACAGAAUGCUGUAAAAUUCCUUUCACAUCCCAGAGUUAGGGAUUCUCCUGUCAUCCACAGGCGCUCGUUUCUCGAGAAGAAGGGCCUUACAAAGGAGGAGAUAGAUGAAGCUUUCCGGCGCGUGCCUGACCCACCUCCAAGUUUGCAGCCAUCUAGCACAAAUCAAGAUGGGCAGAUGAAGCCCACAUCAAAUGUUCAGACACAAGUUCCCCAGCCUGCAGCAGCUGCUCCUGGUGCUGUUGUUUCCCGUGUAGGGACUUUAUCUCCAUCACGUUUUCACUGGUAUCAUGCCCUUCUUGCUGUUGGGUUACUAGCUGCAUCGGGUGCUGGAACAGCUGUAUUAAUUAAGAAUGCAAUUGUCCCCCGGCUGAAAUCUUGGAUACGUAAAGUUGUAUUAGAAGAAGAAGAUGAUCUUGUGAAGAAAACCAACUCAAAACCAAGUUUGGCUGAAGAAGCAGCAGCUGCAGCAAAAGCAGCUGCUGCUGCAGCGACUGAUGUUGCAAAGGCAAGCCAGGAGAUGUUGAAUUCGAGAAAUGAAGAGAGGAGACAUUUUGAAGAAUUGAUGAAAUUGUUAGACAUGCAAGUACGAGAAAUGAAGUCAAUGAGUAAUUCCGUACAGAAAUUGGAAGGACAUGUUAAUGGCACUGGGAGGACUAAUUCUGUUGAUCAAGAAGAUUAUAGAUUCUCAAAUUCUAUUUCAAAGCAAUCCUAUGUGAAUGGUAAGGUGGAUGUUGACACACGCUCAGUGAGAUCUUCCUCACCACCCAUCUCUGUGGAACCCCCUGCUCCACCUCACCCAAAGUCAUAUAUGGAGAUCUUGGCAAUGGUUCAGAGAGGGGAGAAACCUUCCAACAUCAGAGAAAUUGAUGAUCGACCUCCAAAUCCUAGCCAGCAACCUUCAAAUCCUCGCUUUGCACCAAUACCUAAGCCUUGGGAGCUCAGUCAGGCCCAAAACGGCUCCAAUCAACUACUGCAGUCACAAGGAGUCAGAGAAGCCUUGGAUUACAAGGUACAAGUUAAUGGGCUGAACUAUUUAGAAGAUGAGAGUUCAGUUCCUUGGGGGCAAAAGAAAAAUGUCAGAAUAACAGAGAUUGCCAACGAAAAUGAAGUCAAAACUGGAACUUCUGGUGUGAGAACCAGCGAUCUAGUUCAGCGUGUGUGGGUUCCUCCCCAGCCACCCCCUGUGGCAAUACCAGAAGCAGCUGAAGCCAUUCGACGACCCAAGCCAUCAGCUAAAGAAGCUGUGAAACAAGAAGAAUUGGGUGAAAAUCAAUCAGUAACAGAGUCAUCAGGUGUAACUGAUGAGUUGCAGAGGAUCACAAAGAUAUCUGAAUCAGGAGGCACAGUAGAGAUAAAUGGUGGUGGGGUUUCAAGCCUGAACUCCAGUGAGAUACAAGAAGAGCAAGAACACGGCCAUGAGGGGAACUGAAGCAUGAAUAAAACUUGGGAUACUUUCAAGGACGAUAAUAAGUGCUCUCAAACAUUCUCUAAUUAUCAACUAGAAAAGCACUGUAUUUUUAACUCUCCACCUGGACCAACAAUUUGGAGUGUUAUUAUUAUUUUUUUUCUUGUAACAUAAAAAUUAGAGACUAAAUUUUAUAUCUGUGACUAAGAGAACAUGUAUAAUUCUAUUAUCAGACUACAUGACAUGGCUGAUGGUAUAAUUUAGACUC